AUGCUUCUCAACCUCGGCGAGUCCAUCCCGCCGGACACAGCUCACGCUGUCAGCGUGUCCUUGCCGACAUGGCGCUCCAACGUUGGCUAUGAGGAAGGCGAGGACUGGGUCACCAGCAAGAUGGCGACCGGGUAUCCCAGGUUUUUCAUUCACAAGUUUAUCGACUCCUUUGCCACCGAUCUAGUUGCAAAGUAUGCUAGGCCUGGCCAAAAGGCGAUGCUCUUUCCGAGCCGGCAGAUUGCUUCACGAUGUGCAAGCUUCAUUAGGGAGUGUGCCCCGCACGCCGUUAUUGGUGGCCUAGACGUCAUUCACCUCGUGUUGGAUGAGGCAAAUCCCUCAUCCGCGGCCUUACGGUCGCUAUCCCCUACCAUCUCAGCCGUCAUCUGUUCCGCCGAGGCCUUCCCCUAUGCCAAACAGUACUGGCAGCACAGUGGCGACGGUGUGUCCAGCCGCAGGGCCGAGUUCUGCCAUACCCUCUUCCAGGACGGCCUGCUUGUGCUAGACGAGCGUCCCAAGAGCCCGGUGGCCCCUCUCGGCCAAAAGACAUGCAGGGGUCCCAAACGCUACCAGCGCCCGCUCUCCUUGGACAAGGCCGUCUCCCCGUCCCCGAGGUGCGUGAGCCCGCGCCACGAGGCGGUUCCCGCCCGGGAGGCCCAGGAGAGCUCGCGGUUCCUGGAGGAGCGGUUCGGCAGGAACCUGGACAUCUCAUUCGUCGAGCCCGCCAAGUCCGCCAUCAAGAGGCGCAUCGCCGGCGCACUCAAGGGCGAUCUCGACCUCACGACGUCUCCGUUACCUGAAAUGGGCCCCAACACAAGGGGUAUCGUGAACCUGAAGGAAGACGACAUUUAUCUAUUCCCCUGCGGGAUGAAUGCCAUCUUCAACGGCCACCGGUUACUCCUGAGUGCGCGAGGCCAGAUGAAGAGUAUCAACUUUGGGUUCCCGUAUGUCGACACGCUAAAGAUCCUGCAGAAGUUUGGCCCUGGGUGCGUCUUUUACGGUCACGCCUCCGAGUCCGACCUGGAUGAUCUGGAGAAGCGGCUUGAGGGCGGGGAGAGAUUCCUCGGCCUGUUUUGCGAGUUCCCCGGAAACCCGCUGCUGAUCAGCCCCAACCUCGUGCGCAUCCGCCGCCUCGCGGACAAGUACGACUUCGCUGUCGUGGUCGACGAGACGAUCGGCACGUUUGCGAACGUCAACGUCCUCCCGUACGCCGACAUCGUGGCGAGCAGCUUGACAAAGAUCUUCUCGGGCGAUUGUAACGUCAUGGGGGGCAGCGCGAUACUCAACCCCAACAGCCGGUACUAUGCCAGCCUGAAAGCCGCGGCGGAGAAGGAGCUUGAGGACAAUUACUGGUCCGAAGACGUCAUGUUUAUGGAGAGGAACAGUCGCGACUUUGGGUCGCGCAUUGAACGGAUCAACCUGAACGCGGAGGCCAUUUGCGAUGUCUUGUCUGCAAGCCCGCUGGUCAAAGAUGUUUACUUCCCCAAGCUCAACCCGUCGAGACCCAACUACGAAGCUUGCAAGCUGCCGACCGGCGGCUACGGGGGGUUGCUAUCCGUCACCUUUCAUGAUCGCCAGCAGGCAAUCGUCUUCUACGACAUGGUUGAGACGGCGAAAGGCCCGAGUCUGGGCACAAACUUCACUCUCACAUCCCCCUAUGUGCUCUUGGCGCACUACCAGGAGUUGGACUGGGCUGCGAGCUUUGGGGUCGAUCCUGAUCUCGUUCGGAUAAGUGUUGGCCUGGAGGAGACAGACCACCUGAAGGCUGUCUUCCAAGAUGCUCUGAGGGCGGCCGAGGAGAGAGGCUCGUAA